CUGUCCAGAUAAGAGCUCCGCCUCUGACUCACACACACAUCAGCCGCCGAGAAGCAGAGCAAGUGCACCAUCGCCAUUUGAUCCCAGAGAUUCGAUUCCCCUAAACCCCCCGAGAGGCCGCAAACCCCGGCGACCAUGGCCUCCUCCUCCCUCCUCUCCUCCCCCAAGCCCUGCUGCUCCUCCGCCAACCCCACCUCCACCCCGCUCCGCCCGCGCGCGCUCCUCUCCUCCCGUGUCGCCGCCCCCCGCUGCUCCCAUGGCCUCGCCGCCGCCGCCGCCAACCCUAGGGCUCCACGCCGCCACCGCGCCAUCGCCUUCGCCCGCCCCGUCCGGGCCUCCAUGGCGGCGCCGCGCCGGCCGGAGUACGUCCCCAACCGCAUCGACGACCCCAGCUACGUCCGCAUCUUCGACACCACCCUCCGCGACGGGGAGCAGUCCCCCGGGGCCACCAUGACCAGCGCCGAGAAGCUCGUCGUCGCGCGCCAGCUCGCCCGCCUCGGCGUCGACAUCAUCGAGGCCGGGUUCCCGGCCUCCUCCCCCGACGACCUCGACGCUGUGCGCUCCAUCGCCAUCGAGGUGGGGAACACGCCCGUCGGGGAAGACGGCCACGUGCCCGUCAUCUGUGGACUCUCACGAUGCAACAAGCGAGACAUUGACGCCGCCUGGGAGGCCGUUAGGCAUGCGCGGCGGCCGCGCAUCCACACAUUCAUCGCCACCAGCGAGAUCCAUAUGCAGCACAAGCUGAGGAAGACGCCCGAGCAGGUGGUGGCCAUUGCGAAGGAAAUGGUGGCCUACGCCCGCAGCCUAGGCUGCCCUGAUGUUGAGUUCAGCCCUGAAGAUGCUGGCAGGUCAAACAGAGAGUUUCUAUAUCAUAUACUAGAGGAAGUCAUAAAAGCUGGAGCAACAACACUCAAUAUCCCAGACACUGUUGGAUACACUCUUCCUUAUGAAUUUGGAAAGUUAAUUGCUGAUAUAAAAGCAAACACUCCAGGAAUUGAAAAUGCCAUUAUUUCUACUCAUUGCCAGAAUGACCUUGGUCUAGCAACUGCCAAUACAUUAGCGGGCGCUCAUGCAGGAGCACGCCAGUUAGAGGUGACUAUUAAUGGUAUUGGUGAGAGAGCUGGAAAUGCUUCUUUGGAGGAGGUUGUGAUGGCAAUUAAAUGUCGUCGAGAACUCUUAGGAGGUCUAUAUACUGGAAUCAAUACCCAACAUAUCACUAUGUCAAGCAAAAUGGUACAAGAGCACAGUGGACUUCACGUUCAACCACAUAAAGCUAUUGUUGGUGCCAAUGCUUUUGCACAUGAAAGUGGAAUUCAUCAGGAUGGGAUGCUUAAAUACAAAGGAACUUAUGAAAUAAUUUCGCCUGAUGAUAUUGGUUUAACACGUGCAAAUGAGUUCGGUAUUGUUCUUGGGAAACUCAGUGGAAGGCAUGCUGUGAGAUCUAAACUGGUGGAGCUUGGGUAUGAGAUUACUGACAAGGAAUUUGAGGAUUUCUUUAAACGCUACAAAGAGGUUGCGGAGAAGAAAAAGCGUGUAACUGAUGAAGACAUUGAGGCUUUGUUGUCGGAUGAGAUAUUUCAGCCUAAGGUUUUUUGGUCGCUUGCUGAUGUACAGGCAACUUGUGGAACACUUGGUCUAUCUACAGCAACUGUCAAACUGAUAGCUCCGGACGGAGAGGAGAAGAUAGCAUGCGCAGUUGGAACAGGUCCAGUUGAUGCAGCUUACAAGGCUGUCGAUGAAAUAAUACAGAUUCCAACCGUUCUUCGGGAAUAUAGCAUGACAUCGGUCACUGAAGGCAUUGAUGCAAUUGCAACUACUAGAGUGGUUGUCACUGGAGAUGUUAUUGACUCUAAACAUGCUUUGACUGGUCAAUCCUUCAACCGUGCUUUCAGUGGGAGUGGUGCCGCAAUGGACAUCGUCGUGUCCAGUGUCCGAGCUUACCUGAGUGCCCUGAACAAGAUGUCCAGUUUUGUUGGCGCAAUCAAGGCUAGUAGUCAAGUAACUGAAGGGCAAAGUGUUCAAACCACAGAAUGAGUUUUGAUGUUCCUGUUGGCUUUUCAUAUCCUGAUAUUAGACGAAAUAUCGGCCCAGCCAGUAAGGAGUCUGUCUGUGCUUGUUGAAACGUGGUUUUCCGUGUAGUGCAUCUAAAAGAUGCUGCUUUCUUGGUGGAUUGCGACUCAAGGUUGAACAUCUAUCUAGGAAGUUUUGGGGAUAUCCAGUGUAUAAUCCAGAUGUGAGAGAACUGUAUUUCCAAUAAGGCAACAGAGUGGUUUAAACAAAAUUAUAAUAAACAAUUAUGAGACCAGUUUCGUUGAGGAUCAAUUCUGCUCAAAGUGCAGGGUAAAGUGAAUUACAAUGUUGACCAUUCUGAACUGAAGGCCAACAUUUGAGUUGUAACUUAAAUUUUUUAAUUUGGUGGAGAAGUUUAAGGGUGGCC